UAAUUCCUGUGCUGUUUGUAACUAACCUGGUAGGUUGACUCAUAACCUGAACCAGGUUGCAGGCACUGGUUAGUUUUUCUUGAGUGGGCAGCUUGAUGAUACCCUGCUUUCGACAAGUUUUAUUUUACUAGCAAACAGCACUGUAGCCUACUCUAUUCUACAACGAAAUGGGCCACUAUUCUGAGAAUUGCUCUGAUGACUUGGAUACAUUUUGGGAUAAGUUGAGUAAAACAUGUGUGCCGUGUCAUAAACAUUCACAGCAUCCGAUUCGACCAGGGUACGAAUUUAGUCCAAACUGUGGCAGGCAUGAUGAUGGGGGAAGAUCGGAAGCACCGUAUCGACCGUGUGCCGCCCAGAGCUUCAAUAACGGGAGCUUCGUGAAAUGCCAUCCCUGUCUUCGCUGCGCUCCAAAUUAUCAAAAGCUGUCGGAAUGCAACACAACGACAGACACGCAAUGCUGCGUAGCGAGGGACCAGACAGGCUGUUGGAAAGGAGCCCUGAGUACCAUGACUCAACAGGUCCAACGGUCAACAACCAUAAGGGUCCAAGUGUCAACAUCAAGUCCCACCACAGCCAUACACAUUGAUCCAGGAUUACAUGAUUAUUCUGCAACUGCAUGGAUAGUGCUUACUGUCAUCUUGGUUUUCUCUGCACUUGCAUUUCUCUUAUUCAUCUAUAUUAAGAAGAGAAGGAGAAGAUCAAGAGCUUUUUGCUUCAGAGGGUUGUGGUUUGACACAGAUAAGGAAAAUACCCACCAACGGUCACGGAGCAGUAAGACAACAGCAGCUGUCAAUGAAGAUGUUGCUCUGCUACAGUCAGAGACCAGGAGCCUAGAGGACAUUUUGAGUCCUGACCUCCAGUCUGCACCACUGCAGACGGUUCUGGACAACCUGGAUGUUCUAGAGGAGCUUGUGAUCCUGCUGGACCCGGAGAGGCCUGGUGGGGUGAAGAACACCAGCCACCUAGCAUCUCGCUGCUCAUUCCCCGCCACCUGGAUUACCUACACCUACUCCCUGAGGGAGAGCAAGAGCCCCUUGAGGGCCGUGCUGGAGGGGGUCACCACCAAGCACCCAGAGUGGACUGUAGGACACCUGGCCAGGUUGCUGAGAGAGAUGGACCGGAACGACGCAGUGGCGGUGCUCACCAAGCUCAGCUUGCUUAAGGUGUUCUAGUCUGGGUGUGUUCUGUGUUGGGUCUGGAAGAGAUGGCUCCAUCCAGAUACAACCGCAAGUCUCUACCCCCUGCCAAGGCACUGAGAUAACAGGAGGGCCAGAAGGAGGCAUGCUUUUCUUGGGGACCCCAAAGCCCCAAGGCAGUGAUUGGGAACACUGUUCUUUUGCAUUAGGGAUCAAGUAAGAUAAUUAACUGCGAUAACAUGGCACUUAUCACUUAAAGCAGGGACGUUAACCCCGGUGUCCUGAAAAAGAAGAGCUGCACACUCUAGGAGCUCCGAUGCAAGAAUAUACUAACCUAAUAACCAACGUUUUGACAGACAAGCUGUCUUCAUCAGGUUAUAAUGACAAACACUGUGGGGUGACUAGUUUAUAUUGUGUCAAAGGACACACACAGGUGUCUGUAAUCAUGACCGGGUGUGGCUUGAUAUCAUUGGUUCAUUUUCAGAUAUAAAUAGAACAUACAAAAAACAUGAAUGGAUAGCAUACAAUCAUAGAUAACAUUUUGCUACAUAGGCCUACAAACAUUUAUAAUGAAUAGCAAGAUCACAGUAAUGGCUUCAGAUCAAAGUCUACGUUGAGACCGAGGGGAGCAAGGGUCUUUAAAUUAAAGAUCCAGGCAGCCUCUCGUUUUAACAAAUUGUCGAGGUCAUCCCCUCUCCUAGGGAGGGUGACGUGUUUGAUGCCGAUAUAACGUAGGGACGAAAUCGAGUGUUCAUUUUUACCACAAGGACAAGUUCUAUGAUAAAUAACUGCCUUAGUAGAGCAUGUGAUAACACCUUUGAUUGGGAUCUGUUUCCCUGUUUGGGGGUGUUUAAAGGAUCUACAUUUGUAAGUGACAUUGUAUUGAGCGCAGCUGUUACACUUGUAGUUUCCAUCCAGUAGAGGUGCAAAUAGACAUUGUGCAGGAGUAUUUUGGGGUGGUAAAUCAGUUUACCAACUGAUCAGAGAUUUCUGCCCCGUGAAAAUACCACCAAGGGAGGGUCAGAAAACACAUUACCGAUACUGUCAUCGGAUUGUAGAAUGUGGUAAUGUUUGUGAACGAUUCCCUUAAUUUGUUCAGCGCACUUUAAAUGAGGGGUAGUGAGGAUGCAAGAAUGCUUCUUUUUGUGAGACUGUCCUUGAAAGAGAUAAAGGACAUUUUAAUGUUUCUGCCAUUCUUAUCUCAUUUCUGUGUUCUAUACACCUAUUUCUGUGUUGUACAGUCAGCCAUGCAAGUGGCUGACUGUACAAAUCACACCUAUGAGUAGCUGCAAUUUGGCAGUAGGCCCAGACCGUGUUUUGAGAACAAACGAAAGAUCUCAGUUUCAAGGUAUCAGCUUAGAGAAAGAAGCCUCGUGAGUUGUUGGUCUGUCAUGUUAUGAAACAAAACAGUAAUGAAUUAUGCCAAAUCAUGCAAAUAUAACUAGUCUGUGUAUAGCCGUAUAUAAGACAACGGUUGGGACUGCCCCGGCAGAGUUUUUCUGACAGACAUGUACUAUAGUGCAUUGAGUUGGUUGGAACCUCUCCAGCACGCUGACAAAUAAACAAUUAUUCAUUUAAGAUUGAGUGUCCCUGUGUAAGAAAUGGUUUUGGAUUUUUGUACCCCCUCUCCUUGAAUUUUCUUUGCAUCUCAGCCAUAUUUCUGUCAAUCUGAUUGUUUUUGAUUCGACAGAAUUGGGUGUAGGGCAAACUGUAUUUCAUGGGAAGCGGGUGAAUGCUAUCAGCCCUCAAACUGUUACGAUCAAUAGGUUUCCUGUAAAGAUCAGUAUAUAGAACAUUAUCCUCACACAAAAUCAGAAGAUCAAGGAAACUGGUUUGAUGUGUUUCAGAUGGCAUAGUAAAUCUCAGGUGCUCAGAACAAGUGUUAAGUUCCCAAUCUGGCCCUCACAAUCAUUAUCAUCUUAUGUCAAACGUAAUAUCACCAACCAAUGAUAUUGCUGUAUUUAUACAUUGCAUGUUAUAUAAAUGUCAUAUUAGCGUUUAAUUCAAUUUUCAAAUGAUCAAGUCCAAUUUGUUCAAACAUCUUAACAUCUUUAUUAAGCAAAUAACAUUAUAAAUAAAAAAAGUGCAUAGAAAAAUUAAAUGGGUUUAGAAAUAUGUAUACAAUUAUUUACAAACUCAGGGUUUAUUUGUACAAGGUAACAAAGACAAGUUCACGUCUUUAACACUUUGUUAUACUUUAAAAUAACCCUACCAUAUAGAACAUACAGCUUUCUGAACCAUUUCUGGGAGAGAUCGUCAUGGUAACUUCAGGUUUCCAACUAGUGCUUUGCAUGUUUCAUCGAACACACAUGCCAGCUCUGCAGGACAUUAAAACCAAGUUACUCUUA